AUGUCCUUGAGCAGCGGAGCUUCCGGAGGGAAAGGAAUCGAUGCGAACCCGGUUGAGACGUACGACAGCGGGGAUGAGUGGGACAUUGGCGUAGGGAAUCUCAUCAUUGACCUGGACGCUGAUUUGGAGAAGGAUCAGCAGAAAUUGGAAAUGUCGGGCUCCAAAGAGGUGGGGCUCCCGGCACCCAACGCGGUGGCAACCCUACCGGAUAACAUCAAGUUUGUGAGCCCGGUGCCGGGCCCUCAGGGCAAGGAGGGCAAAUCCAAGUCGAAAAGGAGCAAGAGUGGCAAGGACAGUGGCAAACCAACCCCAGGGACCUCCUUGUUCACUCCCAGCGAGGGAGCUGGUGGCAAGAAGGAGGCUCAAGGACGCUCUGGGGAUGGCGCGAACUCGGGCGGCUUGGUGCCCGCCGUCACCCCGAAGGGCUCGGAGAAAUCGGCCAAGGCGUCUCGCAGCGUGGCCGGCUCCAAGAAAGAGAAGGAAGGCGGCUCAUCCAAAAGCAAGAAGGAAAGGAGUGAGGGUGCGGGGGCUGCGGCGGAGAAGGAGCCCAGCGUGCUGCAGCCCCUGGCCCUGGCAGUGAGGGUGGGACAGUAUGAUGGGGGCCAGGGGACAGAGCCUGCUGCUGCCGAGCAGCUUGGGAGUAUAGCUAUCGACACGGGAGCUGCGCUCAAUCCCUUGGGAGUUAAGUCGGAGCUGGAAGAUGGGGAAAAUGAGUGCCGGCAGCUGAAAAAGGUGAAGUCGGAGAAG